AAAGUAAUAGAUAUGAUUUUUUUUAUCAAUAUAAUGGAUAUGAUUCUGAACACAUGUUACUUUGACCUUGAUUAGUCGUAGUUUCUCGUUAUAAAUAGCAUUCUUGAUUGAAUCUACAACAGUAGCGCAUAAAGAAAGAAAAACAAUUUUCUUUCAUAUUCGGAGCUUCCUGACAUUGGAAAAAUCCCAACUAUGUCUUCGUGGGCCACUUUUUUCUUCCUUUCCUUUUUCUCCGUUUUCACUUGCAUCAAAGUUUCUUCUCAAGACCUUACUCUCUUAUAUAACUUUUGUCCAAAUACGACAACGUAUUCAAGGAACAGCACUUACUACACCAAUCUCAAAACCCUUUUGGCUUCCUUUUCUUCACCCAACUCUUCCUACUCCACCGGGUUCCAAAGUGGUAAGGCGGGUCAAGCUCCCGAUACCGUCACCGGACUUUUCCUAUGCCGCGGAGAUGUCUCGCAGGAAAGUUGCCGUAACUGCGUUGCCUUUGCCGUCAAUGAAUCCUUAACGCGGUGUCCGAAUCAGAGCGAGGCCGUGCUCUAUUACGAUGAGUGUACGCUCAGAUACUCUCACCGGAAUAUUCUCUCGACCCUGAGAACCGAUGGUGGAUAUACCUUGCCUAACGUCAAUAAUAUUCCACGUAAUCAGCAAGACCGGUUCCGAGAUUUGGUUUUGGCCACCCUGAACCAAGCGGCAACCAAAGCAGUGGCUAGUUCCCGAAAAUUCGAUGCGAGAAAAGUCAAUUUUACUGCCUUGCAGAGUUUGUACGGACUUGUUCAGUGCACUCCUGAUUUGACGGGGAAAGACUGUUUGCGUUGUCUGCAAACGUCCAUCAAUCAGUUACCCACUGAGAGAACUGGGGCAAGACUUCUUUUGCCUAGCUGUGGUUCAAGAUACGAGCUUUACCCGUUUUACAACGAAUCUGCUGUUACGACACAAACCAACUAAAUACCAUCCAUACAUAUCAUAUGCAUUUCACUUCCACCUGUCAUUUUAUUUCAAUUUAUCAAAUAAAGUUGUGGUUCUUAUGUUUUUGGACAAACCACACGUUUCCAUUUCCUUUUGUGAUUUCAGUUUGUAGGAGUUGGCCUCCAAUAUAAUUUGAUCAAGAAAUAAAUUCAGUUGAAUUAUCCA